CAGUCAAUGGCAGAUGGCUGACAGUGGGUUACCCUGAUGAGAUAGCUCACUUUCUGUUUGCAGCAUUAUGGAAAUAGAUCUGUACUCAUGGCCUAGUUACUUUGAUAACGAGGGUCGUUUGUUGGAUGAAUACAAGCUUAGGAAAACCAGUUUCUUUCACGGUCUCUCAGAUGACAUCAGACGGGAAGCAUGGCCGGUAAUGUUAAGCUUAUGGGACCGAGACAGCACUAGCCUCAUCAGACACACCGCAAGAGAUAAGAUGCUGAAAGAGUACGAGCACCUCCGAAACGGGUGGAUUAACGCUCAGCCCGAGCUAUUUGAUAGAGAAAUGAAACAGUCCAUCAAGACAAUAGGAAAGGACGUGAGGCGGACAGAACGGCAACACCCGUACUUUGCGGAGGAGGACGGAGAAGGACUGAGGAUGUUACGUCGUAUUCUCAUUACACUCAGUGCUUACGAUACUGAAGUUUCUUAUGUUCAGGGGAUGAAUGAGAUAGUGGCUCCUAUUCUGCUUACUUUACAGGAGGAAUCCCUGACGUUCUGGUGUUUUGUGAAGCUGAUGCCCUUACUUCGUGACAGACUACUAACCCUGGACAUUUCCCCCCAACUAUCCUCCACUGCUGAUCUUGUUCAAUAUUUUGAUAGCGAUCUGUACCUUCACAUUGAGCAGCUUACUGGUGGUCAUUGGCUCUUUUGCUUUAGGUGGUAUCUGCUGAUGUUUAAGAACGAGUUUAAAACGGAGGACAUCCUCAGACUAUGGGACGUGUUAUUCUCCCAACACAACACCGCUCACUUUGAGAUAUUCAUCGGUACUUCUAUCAUAUUGAUGCACAAGGAGGAGGUUCUAGCGUGCGGUACCUCCGACCAGCUCCUCCACUUUGCCCAGUCAGUGACCGCUAAACUUAACGUGGGUAUUGUUAUAAACUACGCUAGGGACUUGUCAGUGAAGAUAGCCAGUACUGAGGGACUUUCAGAUAACCUGGCCGCUCUUGUUAAGCAGGUUGACAAAGUGCCUCCACCCCUGGUUGGCUUUGUAAGAAGACGACAGUGUUUCCAGAACGUUUACUCAGGAAGACAGCACAUGAACGACGAUCUAAUCAAAUCUCUGAUGAGCUUGAACACGUCCCAGACGGCACCUCGAACUACGCCCCUCUUUUUCAACUGUACCGAGGCCUCAGUCCCCAUCCCUACACAGAACUACCUGGCUGGUAUUCAGGGGGUACAACCCCUGACUUUGGCUGAGACCCCCCAACUCGCUCCCCCUCCUACUGACGCACAACUUCUAGCUGCUUCAGCCAGUAUGUCAAACCCCAGAAGUAGACAGCGCCGACCAGAUGCCUUGUAUAAAGACAGUGUUAGUGCUGGGGGGAGUGCCGUGGUGGGUCAAGCACCAGGAAGUGGGCACUAUGAUAACUCAGCACAACCUAGCACUGAACCUGGCGCUCAGCACUCAGCACAACCUAACGUGCAGCACUCAGCACAACCUAGCGUGCACAACUCAGUACAACGCAGCGCUCAGCAGUAUGGUACUGGUGCUUACUCUGGACAAUAUGAGCAUCAUAACCAUCAGUAUGAUUACAGUCAGGGGUAUAAUCCAGAACACUAUGCAAACAGUCAGCAGUAUCAUGUAAAUAACCAGGAAUAUCAUUUAAAUAACCAGGAAUAUUAUGCAAAUAACCAGGAAUAUUAUGCAAAUAAUGAGGAAUAUUAUGCAAGUAACCAGGAAUAUUAUGCAAAUAAUGAGGAAUAUUAUGCUAAUAGUCAUAAUCACUCUGUCACUAAUGAACAAUCCGUGUACCAGGGCUCUGACAACAAUGUCUAUAAUUACCAAGACCAAUACAGUUAUCAGCAACAGGGACAUCCUGUUCAGCAACAGGGACAUCCUGCUCAGCAACAGGAACAUCCUGUUCAGCAACAGGGACAUCCUGUUCAGCAACAGGGACAUCCUGCUCAGCAACAGGAACAUCCUGUUCAGCAACAGGGACAUCCUGUUCAGCAACAGGAACAUCCUGUUCAGCAACAGGGACAUCCUGUUCAGCAACAGGGACAUCAAGUUCAGCAACAGGGACUUCCUGUUCAGCAACAUGGACAUCCUGUUCAGCAACAGGGACAUCCUGUUCAGCAACAGGGACAUCCUGUUCAGCAACAGGGACAUCCUGUUCAGCAACAGGGACACCAAGUUCAGCAACAGGGACAUCCUGCUCAGCAACAGGGACAUCCUGCUCAGCAACAGGGACAUCCUGCUCAGCAACAGGGACAUCCUGUUCAGCAACAGGGACUUCCUGUUCAGCAACAUGGACAUCAAGUUCAUAACUUCCACAACAGUCAGCAUCAAACAAGCGACCCUCCGAUAGAAGCCUCCACAAGUGUAGACAAUAUCUCUGUGGCAGAGUCGGAGGCAAGUAGAUCUCCCCAAUCAGAAAACGUCCCCCAAAAUGUUCAGUCUGUUAAAGAGGACGAUGAUGCACUGAGUAAGAUAAGUGACGAUUUCUGGGAUAUGGGUAUAUCUGUUCACUCGAACGAAGCACUCUCGUAGACUAUGCUAUCUAUAAUAUUAUAUACAGUUUGACGAUCAGCUACACAGGUUAUACCACCGGUUUUAUGGGUUGUGUUGACCGGUUUUUAUCUUAAACUGACAAAUGUCAUGUAUAUUGGACUUUUGAUACAUUUGUAGUCGUGUAAGUACUACUCAGUAAUGCCCUGGUACAUUUUAACGCAUGACUAAUAUGUUGUUUGUAGGAAGUAUUAAUUUGUAACUUGUUUAUACAAUACCAAAAGUUAUAUAUAUACA